CCCGCCUCCGCGCGCCGGAAACCCGCCUCGGAGGGUAAUGCCAGCCAAUCAAGAAGCCGCGUGCCUCGCCACUAACCUCUGCCCUGCAGCCGCGAGGGCGCGCGGGAAAUCCCGAGUACAUCUGGAAUCCGCAGAGCCAGUUGAGACCAUGGCCACCUCAUCUGUGUCUAAGGGCUGCUUUGUUUUUAAGCCAAACUCCAAAAGGAGAAAGAUCUCUGUGCCAAUAGAGGAUUAUUUUAACAAAGGGAAAAGUGAGUCUGAGGACAGUAAGCUUCGAUUCGAAACUUAUCAGUUGUUAUGGCAGCAGAUGAAAUCUGAAAAUGAGCGACUACAAGAGGAAUUAAAUAAAAACUUGUUUGACAAUCUAAUUGAAUUUCUGCAAAAAUCUCAUUCUGGAUUCCAGAAGAAUUCAAGAGACUUGGGCUGUCAAAUAACACUUAGAGAAAUUCCAACUGCUGCUCUUGUUCUUGGUGUGAAUGUCACAGAUCAUGAUUUAACAUUCAGAAGUCUAACAGAGGCCCUUCAGAAUAAUGUCACACCAUAUGUAGUCUCAUUGCAAGCUAAAGAUUGUCCAGAUAUAAAACAUUUUUUGCAAAAGUUGGUCUCACAGUUGAUGGACUGCUGUGUAGAUAUAAAAUCCAAAGAGGAGGAAAGUGUUCAGGUGACCCAGAGAAAGAGACAUUAUUCAAUGGAUUCACUUUCCAGUUGGUAUAUGACUGUCACACAGAAGAGAGACCCAAAAAUGCCAAGCAAAAAGAGGACCACUUCUAGCCAAUGGCAGUCUCCUCCUGUUGUGGUUAUCUUGAAGGAUAUGGAAAGCUUUACCACAAAAGUACUGCAAGACUUCGUAAUUAUCAGCAGUCAACAUCUGCAUGAAUUUCCACUAAUACUCAUUUUUGGAAUUGCCACAUCUCCUAUUAUCAUCCAUCGAUUGCUUCCUCAUGCAGUAUCAUCUCUGUUGUGCAUAGAACUGUUCCAAUCUUUGCCUUGCAAGGAGCACCUGACUACAGUACUCGAUAAGCUACUUCUUACAACUCAGUUUCCCUUUAAAAUAAAUGAAAAGGUAUUACAGGUUCUGACCAACAUCUUUUUGUAUCAUGAUUUCUCAAUUCAAAACUUUAUAAAAGGACUUCAGCUUUCUCUGUUAGAGCAUUUCUAUUCUCAGCCCUUAAGUGUACUGUGCUGUAAUCUUCCAGAAGCCAAAAGAAGAAUAAAUUUCUUGUCAAAUAAUCAGUGUGAAAAUAUUCGUCGUCUUCCAUCUUUUAGGAGGUACGUGGAAAAGCAAGCUUCAGAAAAGCAAGUUGCUCUCUUGACCAAGGAGAAAUGUUUGAAGGAGGAAACACAAUUAUUACUAGAAAACCUGCAUGUUUAUCAUAUGAAUUACUUCCUGGUUUUGAGAUGUCUUCAUAAGUUUACCUCUUCUCUUCCCAAGUAUCCACUGGGUCGACAGAUCAGAGAGUUGUACUGCACGUGUUUAGAAAAGAACAUAUGGGAUUCAGAGGAGUAUGCAUCAGUCUUGCAACUGCUGAGGAUGUUGGCAAAGGAUGAAUUGAUGAUCAUACUUGAGAAAUGUUUCAAGGUUUUUAAGUCUUGUGAAAAGCACCUUGGCAGCACAGCUAAGAGAAUAGAGGAGUUCCUGGCCCAGUUUCAGAACCUUGAUGCAGAAACCAAAGAGGAGGAAGAUGCUUCUGGGUCACAGCCAAAGGGGCUUCAGAAGACAGACCUCUAUCAUCUUCAGAAGUCCUUACUGGAAAUGAAGGAGUUAAGAAGAAGUAAGAAGCCAACCAAAUUUGAAGUACUCAGAGAAAAUGUUGUGGACUUCAUUGACUGUCUAGUGAGAGAAUACCUUCUGCCUCCUGAGACACAGCCUCUCCAUGAGGUGGUGUACUUCAGCGCUGCCCAUGCCCUUCGUGAGCAUUUAAAUGCUGCUCCGCGAGUUGCCCUCCAUACUGCACUCAACAAUCCUUACUAUUAUCUAAAGAAUGAAGCACUGAAAAGUGAAGAAGGCUGCAUUCCAAAUAUCGCCCCAGACAUCUGCAUAGCAUAUAAACUGCACCUAGAGUGUAGCAGGCUAAUCAACCUUGUGGACUGGUCGGAGGCUUUUGCAACAGUCGUGACAGCUGCUGAAAAAAUGGAUGCAAAUUCUGCAACCUCAGAAGAAAUGAAUGAAAUUAUCCACCUCCAGUGCUCGGUUUAUUAGAGCUGUUUCUGAGCUAGAACUUUUAGGAUUUAUAAAACCUACCAAACAGAAGACUGACCAUGUGGCAAGGCUAACAUGGGGAGGCUGCUAGAAAGCAAAUGAGCAAAGCCAGAACUAUCACAUUUAGCUUAAGAGAAAAAGGUGAACUAUCAUAUUUACAUAUACUAGAGGAGCCUGUUUUGGUGAGAAGAUAAAUGUCUAAUCCUCAUGUGAUGUUUAACCAGAAAAGUACAUUGCUAACCCCAAAUGGGCAUAUAUCAAAACACCUGUGGAGUACUUUAGAAUCCAACAAACAAUACAUAACUAAUACUGCUCACACAUUUUACUGUACUUUCCACAAAGUCAUUACUAAAUUGUGAGUAAAUCAUUCUUGAACUUAUAGUAUAUAAAUGUAAUAAAUUCCUUUAUCCAGGAGUAUAAUUUGCAGUUGGUUUAACAGACCUCAUUCCUCCUCCCCCAAUUUCUUGCAUUGGCAUUCCUCACUUUAGUGUAGUAGACAGUAGGUAAACAUGAAUAUCCUCCAGGUUUGUUUCUGCUGGUAACUACAUAGGUUCCAAAACUGUCUCUGCCUCCCCAUUUCCUUUAGUCUUACAACUUAAAAAAAAA